UAAGCUCUCUAAAUAACGCGUAUGUGUACGUAUGACUCUGCUGAUCCCUCGCGUCUCUUUCGUUCAAUCUCACUUUCGGAUCUCUUCUCUUCCCUUCUUCGACACUGUGCUGUGCGUGGCGCCGUCUGUUCUCUCACUUCAAAGUUCAAACUCAGACAGGCCGAGAGAAUCUUUGUUUAUGAUAGUUUAUUAGAUUCUCUCAUCAUCAUCAUCUUCAUCUUCCAGCAGUCUCGAAUCUGAGACCCACGGUCCCCUCUCCGCAGAUAUUUGCCCUUUUGACCGUUGAAAGCUGUUCCCUUUCCUUUUCCUCCGAAAGCUCAUUCUUCCUACCCCACGUUCAUUCUAGGGUUUUACCCUCAACCGACCGAAGCACCGCUCUCUGGGGUUCGCCAAUUUCGGUCCUUUCUCGUUCCAGAGCCUUGGGAUAAGUAUCUCGUCUGCUGGGUCUUUCGUCGAUUGUCGGUUCGUUGGGUGCAUUCGGUGGUUGGAGAAUAUCAUGGGGUUGGGCGUCUCGGCUUGGUGAGAUUUUCUUGAUUGGGAGGGCUGAACUUUGUGUUGGGGGAGUGGCGGCGGGCCAGGGGAAGAGAUGAUUGCGGAGAAGCCCGGUUGGGUUCGCCAUGAGGGAAUGCAGAUUUUCUCCAUCGACAUUCAACCCGGUGCCCUCAGGUUUGCCACUGGCGGUGGCGAUCACAAGGUUCGAAUUUGGAACAUGAAAUCUGUAGGCAAGGAUCUUUCCGACGAUGACUCAACACAGAGGGUUCUGGCAACACUUCGUGAUCAUUUUGGGUCUGUAAAUUGUGUCAGAUGGGCCAAGCACGGGCGGUAUAUGGCCUCAGGUUCUGAUGAUCAGGUGAUUCUGAUCCAUGAGAGAAAGCCUGGUUCAGGAACCACUGAGUUUGGUAGUGGAGAGCCCCCUGAUGUUGAGAACUGGAAGGUCGUUAUGACUCUGAGAGGACACACUGCAGACGUGGUGGAUCUCAACUGGUCCCCUGAUGAUUCAAUAUUAGCGAGUGCUAGUCUGGACAACACAAUCCAUAUUUGGGACAUGACUGAUGGCAUAUGCACUGCUGUUCUUCGAGGCCACUCGAGUCUCGUGAAAGGAGUCACAUGGGACCCUAUUGGCUCUUUUAUCGCGAGUCAAUCAGACGAUAAGACUGUGAUCAUAUGGCGAACCAGUGACUGGAGCUUAGCUCACAGGACAGAUGGCCACUGGACAAAAUCACUGGGGUCCACCUUUUUCAGGAGGCUCGGGUGGUCUCCCUGUGGCCAUUUUAUAACUACCACCCAUGGGUUUCAGAAGCCAAGGCAUUCUGCGCCUGUUCUAGAGAGAGGGGAAUGGUCAGCGACUUUCGACUUUUUGGGACACAAUGCCCCAGUUAUCGUUGUGAAGUUCAACCACUCAAUGUUCAGGAGAAAUCUCAAUGGUACUCAGGAAGUGAAUGUCGCUCCUGUUGGAUGGACUAAUGGAACCUCAAAAGCUGGAGGGAAAGAAUCCCAACCAUACAAUGUAAUUGCAAUUGGGAGUCAAGACCGCACAGUGACUGUAUGGACCACUGCAAGUGCUCGUCCUCUCUUUGUGGCGAAGCAUUUCUUUGCUCAAAGCGUGGUGGACUUGUCAUGGAGUCCUGAUGGGUAUUCUCUCUUUGCCUGUUCCUUGGACGGAACAGUGGCCACAUUCCAUUUUGAGGCAGAUGAGCUUGGAAGCAGACUCAGUGAUGCUGAGUUGGACGAGUUGAAAAGAAGCCGAUAUGGUGAUGUGAGAGGUCGACAGGCAAACCUAGCUGAAAGCCCAGCCCAGUUGUUACUCGAAGCAGCAUCGGCUAAGCAAACUUCUAGCAAGGUCGCUUCAGCGGCCCAGCAAAAGCCCAUGCCUGUUAAAGCCUCAGUCGACUCAAGUUCUCUAGCAAAAGCUCCUGAUCCACAGGUUGAUGAUCCUAAGAAGAAUGGAGCGCCCACCACUGCUCCUGCAGCUUCUGCUGAUGGCUUAAGUAAAUCUGCUGCUCCAACUCGAAUUUCUAGCCCUGUGAAGCAGAGAGAAUACAGGCGUCCUGAUGGUCGGAAGAGGAUAAUCCCUGAAGCUGUAGGUGUACCUAGUCAGCAGCAAAACAUCGCAGGCAAUAAUCAGCUAGAUUUCCCUCCUGUAUCAUCUGAGCAAAAGAUUGAUGACAACGGGUUGGUGUUCCCCACUGACAGUCGCAUUGGUGGGGUUUCAGUCAGGGGCGCACCAGGCAGAGGCUUGGACUUAAAGGAUCGAUCAGGGGCCACUUCAAGAUCUAUAGUUACUGAUAGUUUGGUAAUCGAAAAGGUUCCGGCGUCUGCCAGCGGAGAUGGGACUAUUAACGUGGAAUCUUCAGUUUCUGCAAAAGUCUCUUCACUCAUGAUUAGAGUGUUUGACAAGAAAGAAGGUGAAGAUAAUGCACCUGUAUGCUUGGAAGCUCAUCCCAGAGAACGUACUGUGAAUGAUGUUGUUGGGGCUGGAAGUACCCUAAUGAUGAAAGAGACAGAGAUAGCUUGCUCCAGAGGACCUCUAACUCUAUGGUCUGAUAGGAUUUUAGGAAAGGUCACUGUUUUGGCAGGCAAUGCCAAUUUUUGGGCUGUUGGGUGUGAGGAUGGGUGCUUGCAGGUUUACACAAAGUGCGGCCGACGUGCCAUGCCUACCAUGAUGUUGGGGUCUGCUGCAACAUUUAUCGACUGUGAUGAGUGCUGGAAGCUGUUGCUAAUCACGAGGAAGGGAUCCCUUUAUGUGUGGGACUUAUUCAACCGAACCUGCGUGCUUCGCGAUUCAUUGGAAUCUCUGAUUACAUCAGAUCCUAGCCUAUCCGGGAAAGGCACGAUUAAGGUCAUAUCUGCAAAGUUAUCAAAAUCGGGCUCUCCUCUAGUUGUUCUGGCAACCCGACAUGCUUUUCUGUUCGAUAUGGGUCUUAAGUGUUGGCUGCGAGUUGCUGAUGAUUGCUUCCCUGCAUCAAACUUUGCUAGCUCUUGGAAUCUGGGUUCGGUACAGAAUGGCGAGCUUGCUUCACUCCAAGUAGAUGUUCGGAAAUAUAUGGCUAGAAAACCUGGUUGGAGCAGGUUUUCUGAUGAUGGAAUGCAAAGUAGAGCUCAUUUGGAAGCACAACUUGCAUCAUCUUUGGCUCUGAAGUCACCUAAUGAAUACCGUCAGUGCCUUCUUUCCUACAUUCGAUUCUUAGCAAGGGAGGCGGAUGAAUCUCGAUUACGGGAAGUCUGUGAAAGUUUUUUGGGGCCCCCUACUGGGAUGGCCGAAGCUGCAUCUUCAGAUUCGAAAGACCCUGCUUGGGAUCCUUUUGUGCUCGGAAUGAAGAAACACAAGCUCCUCAAAGAAGACAUUCUCCCAGCAAUGGCUUCAAAUAGAAAAGUCCAGCGGCUUCUAAAUGAGUUCAUGGACCUCCUCUCCGAAUAUGAGAACACGGAAACUGUCCCGGAGGAAAAGAAUGAGAAUCAUCCCCCACCGCCACCUCUGCCUGCUGGGGACCAAACCAACCCCACUACGGCUGCCCAACCGGUUCAAGAGAACCAGGAUACAACAGUGACUGACCAAGUAACCCCUCCUAUUCCUCCUCAAACCCAAGAUGAACCCAUGAUCACGGAUCCACCUGCAACAAAUCAAAAUGAAGUAGUAGUUCCAAUGCAGGAUUCAGGUUCUUAACAGCAUUUUGCACUUUGGAGAUCUUUGCUUUGGUUCACCUUUGAUAGACAGAUAGGCUAACAUUGAGCGUCAGAUCUGUAUGACCCGUGACGCAUCUGAAGAUUGCUGAUAUUUGCCAUAGGUUAAGGCUAAGGCAAAAUUCACUGUUAUCUUUUCCCUUCCUGGAGGUUUCUACUGGCCAAGAACACGAUUUGCAUUUGGAGCUCCUUCAUGGGUGACAUAAGAGGGUGCGUGGUGAACGAGCUUUAAUUGGAUUUGGCAUGGUGGUGGUGUUUAGUGACAUUCAAAGCUUUGCUUGCUUGCCGGAGUUUCCAUUUGAUGGUCAGCUCAAAAUCUCUUCUUAAUAUUUUUUAUCGACAUGGUUCGUUUCAUGUAUAAGAGAUCUCCCUGGUGUAUCGGUGGAUGAGAAUUGAGAAGGUUAUAAGGAUGUCGGUUUUGUUGUAUAACGUUUAUUUCUCACAAGUGUGGUGGUGUUAGUUCAUAUGCUGUUCAACUUUCGACGUGAAAGUGAUAUUGAUAAUCUUGCAAAGGUUGAUUAUAUGAUAAUCGGUUCCCGACUUUUCUUCUAAA